ACGAGUGAAGUGGAACUGAAACAGAACCAAAGGCAACAGACGGCAGCGUGAUUUAGUUUCAUGGACAAAACAGAACGAUUUACGGCCUUCAAACUGAAAAAUGUCUAACAGAAAGUCGGUCACAGGCGCUGUCUCAGAGGUGAGAGGUAAUUCUCAAAGCUCAGACCCAGAAGAGGAAGAAAAGUGUCCACGUAUGACAGAGGAUCGAGAGCAGACAUUAUGGGAGAGCCCGUCUCUCCAGGAGCUGGAGGAGGUUUUACAUUCAGCUCCACGCUCCUGUCGCCACGGAGAUGAGGUGUGGCCAAACCUGUUGCUCGGAGACAUGUUUAUGUCUCAUGACAAGCUUGGGCUCUGGCAGCUGGGCAUCACCCAUGUGCUGAAUGCCUCACACGGUAAACUGUGCUGUAAGGGCAGUGAUGAUUUCUAUGGGACCACCGUAAAAUACUAUGGAGUCCCGGCCAAUGACCUGCCAACAUUCGACCUUUCACCUUUUUUCUACCCCGCAGCUGAGUUCAUUCACCAGGCCCUGACAUCAGGAGGAAAGGUGUUUGUGCACUGUGCUGUGGGUGUGAGUCGCUCGGCUUCGUUGGUCCUAGCCUACCUGAUGAUCUAUCACCACCUCACUCUUCUGUCCUCCAUACGCUGUGUGCAAGAGAAACGCUGGAUUUUUCCAAAUAGAGGCUUUCUGAGACAGCUUAAAGACCUGGACCGAAAGCUGCAGGACAAAGGAUUGAAUGAGCCAAAAUAAAAAAAAAACAA